GGUCCCUGUCUGCUUUACCCUCUCCACAUCGCCCCCUAGCGUCCACCGUCCGCCAUGUUUAACCUCAUGAAAAAGGACAAGGAGCGGGACAGCGUGAGGAAGGAGAAGAAGAAGAAUGAGCGUAUGUCCGCGGCGGAACUGCGGAGCCUCGAGGAGAUGAGCAUGCGCCGCGGCUUCUUCAACCUCAAACGCGAAGCGAAACGAGAGUCCAAAAACAAACUCGAGAUCUCCAACCCCAUCCCCAUCAAAGUGGUCAGCGGGAGCGAGCUGACGCUGACGGAUAUCGAGUCGGACGGGCUGAGUAACCGGAGUAACAGGAGCAGCGUGGUGUUGGACGGGCAGCUGAGCGGGGCCAGUUCCACGGACGACCUGAAGGGGGAGUCCUCGCAGGAUUCGCACAGAGGCUCCGUCAGGGAUCGAGUGGCUCAUUUUGGAUCGUUGGCCAAACAGAACUCUUCACAGGUAGGACAGAUGAUGAAGCGCUUUUCUUUCUCCCAGCGGAGCAAAGAGGAGAGCCCAUCCGAAGGCUCCACCCCGUCGGGCCCAAACUCCGCCGCUCCCUCCCCUCAGGUGGAGAACAAAGUCUUCAACAUGCUUCGCAAACACAGCCUCAAACAACCGCCCGGAACCCCGCCUCCAGACCCGCCCUCCGCCCCCGCGUCCGCCCCGCCGGCCAAACGCGCCUGCAUCCCCGAGCUCGUGCCCAAAACCUUCCCCGCCCACCUCCAGCUGCCCCCCGUCAUCGCCCCCAACGCGCCCCAAACGCGAGAGCUGGAGCUGGAGCUGCAACGACGCAAUACCGGAGAUUUUGGAUUUUCGCUGCGCAGGACGACCAUGUUGGAUCGUAGUCCGGACGGAGGCGUGUACCGGAGGGUGGUCCAUUUCGCCGAACCUGGAGCGGGCACCAAGGAUCUGGCGUUGGGUUUGGUUCCCGGAGACAGGCUCGUGGAGAUCAACGGGAGAAACGUGGAGAAUAAAAGCAGGGAUGAGAUCGUGGAGAUGAUUCGGCAAAGUGGAGAUACCGUCAGGCUCAAAGUGCAGCCGAUUCUGGAGCUGAGCGAGCUGAGCCGAUGCUGGUUAAGGAAUACGGAAGGGCUACGGAGAGACGAAAGACAGGUGAAGACAGAGGAGCAGAUAGCAGCGGAGCAGGCCUGGUAUGGAUCUGAAAAGGUGUGGCUGGUUCAUAAAGAUGGAUUCUCUCUGGCCACCGUAGUGAAGACCGACCCCGGCGCUCUGCCCGAGGGAAAAGUGAAAAUCCGUCUGGAGCACGAUGGAGCGAUUCUGGACGUGGACGAGGACGACAUCGAGAAGGCGAACCCUCCCUCGUACGACCGCUCCGAGGACCUGGCCUCUCUGCUCUACCUGAACGAGUCCAGUGUGAUGAACUGUCUGCGUCAGAGAUACGGAGGAAACCUGAUCCACACCUACGCCGGACCCAACACCGUGGUCAUCAACCCCCUGAGCACCCCGUCCAUGUACUCGGAGAAGGUGAUGCACAUGUUCAAAGGCUGCCGGCGCGAGGACAUGGCUCCUCACAUUUACUCCGUGGCGCAGACGGCCUACAGGAACCUCCUGACCACGAGGCAGGACCAGUCCGUCGUCCUGCUCGGAAAAUCGGGAAGCGGGAAAACCACCAACUGCCAACACCUGGUGCAGUACCUGGUCUCCAUCGCGGGAAGCACCGGCAAGAUCUUCUCAGCGGAGAAGUGGCAGGCGGUGUACACGAUCCUGGAGGCGUUCGGAAACAGCUCGACCUCCAUGAACUCGAACGCCAGUCGCUUUUCUCACGUCGUGUCUCUGGACUUCGACCAGGCCGGGCAGGUCUCCUCUGCCUCCAUACAGACCAUGUUACUGGAGAAGCUCAGAGUGAGUCGCCGUCCUGAUUCUGAAUCCACCUUCAAUGUUUUCUACUUCCUGUUGGCCGGAGCCGACAGCACCCUCAGAACUGAGCUCCAUUUGAACCACUUUGCGGAGAACAGCACCUUUGGGAUCCUUCCACAGACAAAGACCGAGGAUAAACAGCGCUCGUCUCAGCAGUUCACGAAGCUCCAGGCCGCCAUGAAGGUGCUGGGCUUCUCCUCCGAUGAGCAGAAGGCGCUGUGGCUCAUCCUGGGAGGAAUCUAUCACCUGGGAGCCGCCGGAGCCACCAAAGGUAAAAAACUAAAACUGAACCGGAUCAUUGACACCAAGAGCGCUUAUGGAUCAAAGGUCACCGCUCUGGAGUGUCUGGAGGCCAUGGCGUCUGGAUUGUACUCGGAGCUCUUCACUUUAGUCAUCUCCCUCAUCAACAGAGCUCUGAAGUCCAGUCAGCAUUCCCUCUGCUCCCUGCUCAUCGUGGACACUCCCGGUUUCCAGAAUCCCAAAGUCUCUCAGCUCAAAAGAGGAGCCACGUUUGAGGAGCUGUGUCACAACUACACGCAGGAAAGACUCCAGACGCUUUUCCACGAGAGGACGUUCACGCAGGAGCUGGACCGAUACAAGGAGGAGAACAUAGAGCUUGCAUUAGAUGACAUAGAGAGCUCUCCGUCUCUGUCUGUAGCCGCAGUGGAUCAGGCCUCCGCUCAAGCGCUGGUGCGCGCCCUGUCCCGCACAGACGAGGCCCGGGGGCUGCUGUGGCUGCUGGAGGAGGAGGCGGUUCAUCCUGGAGGAUCAGAGGAGACCAUGUUAGAACGACUCUUCACCUACUACGGCUCCAACCAGGGAGACGGAAAAGGUAAUCUUCUGUUGCGUGGGGACCGGCCUCACGUCUUCCUGCUCGGGCACAGCCACGGCACAGACUGGGUGGAGUACGAUGCCCAGGGCUGGCUCUGUCACGCCAAACACAACCCGGCGGCUCAGAACGCUGCCUCUCUGCUGCAGGACUCCCAGAAGAAGAACAUCAGCGGUUUGUUCAUGAGCAGAGCCAGCGGGGCCACGGUCCUGUCCGGGUCCAUCGCGGGUCUGGAGGGCAGCUCUCAGCUCGCUCUGCGCCGCGCCACCAGCAUGAGGAAGACCUUCACCACCGGAGUCGCUGCCGUGAAGAAGAAGAGUCUGUGCAUCCAGAUCAAACUGCAAGUGGAUGCUCUGAUCGACAUGGUGCGUCGCUCUAAAGUUCACUUCGUCCACUGCCUCCUGCCCAAGUCUGAGGCGGUGACCGGUUCCUCUGACCCCCGAGUGACCCACGGAGAGAGCCCCGACGCUGGGCUCAUGACGCUGGACGUGGGCCUCCUCCGCGCUCAGCUCCGCGGCUCCAAGCUGCUGGACGCUCUGCGCAUCUACAGACAAGGAUACCCCGACCACAUGGUGUUCUCCGAGUUUAGGCGCCGCUUUGAUGUCCUGGCGCCGCACCUCACCAAAAAACACGGCCGCCACUACAUCGUGACGGACGAGAAGAGGGCCGUGGAGGAGCUGCUGGAGUCUCUGGACCUGGAGAAGAGCACGUACCACAUGGGCCUGAGUCGAGUGUUCUUCCGCGCGGGGACCCUGUCCAGGCUGGAGGAGCAGAGGGACGUCCAGACUCGCACAAACAUCUCUCGGUUCCAGGCGGCGUGUCGGGGGUAUCUGGCCCGUCAGGCUUUCAAGAAGAGGAAGAUCCAGGACUUGGCGAUCCGCUGCAUUCAGAAGAACAUAAAGAAGAACCGAGGGGUCAAAGGUUGGCCCUGGUGGAAACUCUUCACGACGGUGCGGCCUCUGAUCGAAGUGCAGCUGACCGAGGAGCAGAUACGAGGAAAAGACGAGGAGAUCCAGCAGCUGAAGCAGAAGUUGGAGAAAGUGGAAAAAGAACGAAACGAACUCCGACUGAACUCAGACCGCCUGGAGAGCAGGAUCUCAGAGCUGUCCUCGGAGCUGACGGACGAGCGUAACACAGGAGAGUCGGCGUCUCAGCUGCUGGAGAGUGAGACCGGAGAGCGGCUCAGGCUGGAGAAGGACAUGAAAGACCUGCAGGGCAAGUUCGAGCAGAUGAAGAAGCAGAUGGAGAGCAUGGAGAUGGAGGUGAUGGAGGCGCGUCUCAUUAGAGCCUCCGAGCUGAACGGGGAGCUCGAUGACGACGAUUCAGGAGGCGAGUGGCGGCUGAAAUACGAAAGAGCCAUCAGAGAAAUCGAGUUCACAAAGAAACGUCUUCAACAGGAGCUGGAGGACAAGAUGGAGGUGGAGCAGCAGAGCAAGCGCCAACUCGAGAGGAGGAUCAGUGACCUCCAGGCCGAUAACGAGGAGGCCCAGAGGAACAUCCAGCAGCUGAAGAAGAAAACCCAGAAGCUGACGUCGGAGCUCCAGGACACGAAGCUGCACCUGGAAGGACAACAGAGCCGCAACCACGACCUGGAGAAGAAGCAGAGGAAGUUUGACAGCGAGUUGAGUUUGGCGCAGGAGGAAGCGUCUCGGGAGAGGAGUCUUCGGGACAAACUGGCCAGAGAGAAGGACAUGCUGUCAGGGGAAGUUUUCAGUCUACGCCAACAGCUGGAGGACAAAGAUCUGGAGCUGUGCGCCGUGAACCUCAAACUGGACCAACUGGAGGCGGAGCUGCUCGACCUCAACUCUCAGGAGACCAAAGACGAAGCUUCACUCGCCAAGGUGAAGAAACAGCUGAGAGACUUGGAGGCCAAAGUCAAAGACCAGGAAGAAGAACUGGACGAACAGGCCGGCACCAUCCAGAUGUUAGAGCAGGCUAAACUUCGCCUGGAGAUGGAGAUGGAGCGACUCAGACAAACUCACUCCAAAGACAUCGAGAACAAAGACGACGAGGUGGAGGAGAUACGACAGUCCUGCAGCAAAAAGUUGAAACAAAUGGAGCUGCAGCUGGAGGAGGAGUACGAUGAGAAACAGAAGGUUCUGAGGGAGAAGAGAGAUCUGGAGUCGAAACUGCUCUCGGCGCAGGACCAGGUUCGUGGUGGAGACGUGGAGACAGAGAAGCGUCUGAGGAAAGACCUGAAGAGGACCAAAGCCCUUCUGGCCGACGCUCAGAUCAUGUUGGACCACAUCAAGAACAACGCCCCGAGCAAAAGGGAGAUCGCACAGCUCAAAAAUCAGUUGGAGGAGUCGGAGUUCACGUGCGCCGCGGCGGUCAAAGCUCGUAAGUCGAUGGAGGUGGAGAUCGAGGACCUUCACGUUCAGAUGGAGGACAUCUCCAAAGCCAAACAGACGCUGGAGGAGCAGCUGAGUCGUCUGCAGAGGGAGAAGAACGACAUCCAGUCCAGAAUGGAGGAGGACCAGGAGGAUCUGAACGAGCUCAUGAAGAAACACAAGGCCGCAGUGGCGCAGUCGGCCCAGAACCUGAACCAGAUCAGCGACCUGCAGGCCCAGCUGGAGGACGCCCUCAAGGAGAAGCAGGAGGUCCAGGAGAAGAUGCAGGCGCUGCAGAGUCAGCUGGACUUCCAGGAGCAGUCCAUGGUGGAGAAGUCCCUGGUGAGCCGACAGGAGGCCAAGAUCAGGGAACUGGAGACCAAGCUGGAGUUCGAGAGGACGCAGGUCAAACGACUCGAGAGUUUGGUGGCCCGCCUGAAGGAAAACAUGGAGAAGUUGACCGAGGAGCGUGACCAGCGCAGCAACAGCGAGACCAGAGAGAAAGAGCAGAACAAAAGGCUCCAGCGACAGAUCCGAGACGUGAAAGAGGAGAUGGCCGAACUCGCCAAGAAAGAGGCGGAGGCCAGCCGCAAGAAGCACGAGCUGGAGAUGGACAUCGAGAGCUUGGAGGCGGCGAACCAGAGUCUCCAGGCGGAUCUGAAACUGGCCUUCAAGAGGAUCGGCGACCUGCAGGCGGCGAUAGAGGACGAGAUGGAGAGCGACGACAACGAAGACCUCAUCAACAGCCCCGGGGAGUCAGACACAGACUCUGAGGUGGAGGAUCGCGUGGACGGGGUCAAGUCGUGGCUCUCCAAAAACAAAAACUCUGCUAAAAACCUCUCGGACGACGGCAGCCUCAAGAGCUCCAGCCCAACCAGCGGACGACGUUUCCUCUUCGACCGCUCCGACGACGAGGAAGAAGAGGAGAAAGAGACCGGCUCGUUUUACUCCCGAUACAAGUACGGCGGCGGCGGCGGCGGCGGCGGCGGCUACCUGAGAGAGGAGGACGAGGACCGCGACGAGACGACCGCGUAGCCCCCGAGAAAACACGAAACGAUAAAACAAAAACAAAACACUAACUUUUACCUCCCGCGAAAGAAAACACGACCACCACCACCGUCUCCUCUCUGCAUGAACCGACACAAGUACAAGUCUCCAUGGAAACGCGUCAUGGAGGAUUACGGAAAAUGUAUUUGACUAAUUUAUAUUGUGUAUGUUGUAUGCAUCAUUACCCGACUUAGGUAUUUUUUUUUUUGGUUUUGGUUUCUAUUUUACUCUAAACAAAAUGCGAGAUUACGAAGGUGACAUAGAUGCUUCAUACUGGCUACAUACCACAGCAAGUUUUCCGGUGUUUCUCAAAGUUUUAAAGGUGUAUUGUGUAACUUUUCUGGUGGAAGCUUUACCAACUACUUUUCUACAGGGAGAUGUUAUC